AUGGAAUCGGGUGAAUUCAUACAACCUGUUGCAUCGUCCUACCACUCUUGGCCACGUUACGAGAGUCGUGGUGGUGGUCGUUUGCUGAGAAAUUUGCCUGGACCAAUGGGUUUUCGAGGAGGUCGUUUUGGUUAUGGACCAAUGCGAAUGCCUCGCGGGACGCCGCGGUUUAUGUAUGGACGUAUUAUGAAGCGAGGAUUUGCACAAAGGAGACCGUUUGAAUUCAAGAAAUUGCCCGAAGCAGCUAAGUAUAAAGAAUAUGCGGUUGCUCCCGACAACAUAAUAUGCUUCUCAGGCUUCCAAAAUGUCUUCACAGCCCAACACGAUUUUCCGUUGGAGAUCGAUGGUCGAGUGUAUGACAAUGUUAACCAUUUUUAUCAGCUUGCUAAAACAGAAGCGCUGUGUGGCGUCACAUCAUUGUUAAUGACAGAAUGUGUUGAAGUUGAUAGUUCAUCGAAGUCGACACCUAAAGACUAUAAUACACUUGCACGAAAUAUCUUGAAAAUCAAUAAAGUGAGUAGAAAUGCUGCGGAAGACUGGCGGAAAGGUCCUGGUCUUGAAGCAAUGCAGCGUGCAUUAUUAGCAAAAGUUGAACAGUGUGAAGAGCUUCGAAAAGAAUUAACGGAUUCUGGCGAUAAGUUGCUUGUACACUGUUUCGGCGGUGACGAUUUCUAUGCAAGUGCUUGUAAUCACAAUUAUAUACAGGACUGGGCAAAAAGCAUGCAAAACAACAAAGUCAUGAUUAAGAUUCCAAUGGAAUUCCCAUUAACUAAUGAAACAGUUCUCUCAAUUCCCAAGUUUGGUCUUGGUCGGAAUGUCCUGGGCGUAAUUUAUAUGCAGUUACGAGAAAUGUUACGUGACGGUGUUUUACCAUACAAAGGAACAACAAACAAGGCGUCGUGUGAAAGUCAAAAUAUGGAAAUGCAAUCUGAAGAACUGGCAGGACCAAGCAUUGUCCCGAGUGUACCGGCUCCACUUAAAAGUGAUACGCGUGAAAAUAGUUCAAGCGACGGUUUCAUCAUUGGUGGUGGGUCGAUACAGAGUUCAAUGAAAUCACGUUCUGCAGCCAGUACUACUUCUCGUAAUGUCCUUUCGGUACCUCUGGAGUAUCUUGCCAGCUUUAGCAGCAAGUGA